CAUCAGCUCUAUCUCUUCUCUCUCCUCCGUACUUUCUUGCUGUCUGACGACAUGUUGGGAAAAGUCUCCCUCCUGCUCUGUUUGUCGUUCGCUCUGGCAGAACAGCUCUGCGGGAAAGACGCUCCAAAUGGCUGCAAGGUUCGACUCAGCCUGAAGACCGCGUUGGGAAACGAUGCUUAUGACUGGGACGACAAUGAAAUGUUCCUCUUCCGAUCAACUUUGGCCUAUGCAAUGAGAAAGCAAGUGGACGGAGAGGAAUUUGAAGUGUCAAACAUCGUUGUGUGUGAGGAGACGGCCAGAGUGUCUUUCUGGUUCGUGGUGACCUUGCCCAGCCAGAACUCGACCACUGUUGACAAGUCGGUCUUGGAGAAGGCCAUCAGAGAGUCCAGGAGUCGCUUCAACAGCGUCUUCUUCCUGACUGACCAAACCCUGGAGUUUGUCGACAUAUGGCCCACCCUGAAGUCGCCCGUGACCUAUGACACCGAGCCGUGGCUGAUUGCGUUUGCGGUGGUCAUUUCUAUCGUGGUGGUGGGAAUCGUCUUGCUGAUCCUGGUGUCUUGGAUCCAUAAGAAGAGGAAUCAGAAGCAGGCGCUCCUGGACCCCGAGGACAAGACGGACGGACACGAAAAUGGAGGAUUCACUCAGAUGUAG